AUGAGAAUCACAUCAGCACCUUUGUCUGUUUCCAACUCAGACACUUCGGCGUCGGAUAAGGAUUUUUCUAAUGUGGACAGCAAAGCACAGGACCAGAAACCAGAGGUCUUGGAAAAAUCAGCCGAAUACAUCGAUUUAGACCUGGAACAGUGUUCCACAUCAGCUAGAGCUGAGAACGACCAUGUUUUUGAUGGUAAACAAGAAGAGGUUCGUUUGAAAAAAGACUUGAAAGCAAGACAUGUUUCGAUGAUUGCUAUCGGUGGCUCUCUUGGUACGGGUUUGUUGAUUGGUACGGGUGCGUCUUUAUCAACUGCUGGUCCAGUUGCUGUGCUUAUCGCGUACUCUUUUGUUGGUCUUUUGGUAUUCUUCGUUAUGGCUUGUUUAGGUGAAAUGGCAACUUUUAUACCGCUGGAUGGAUUUACUAGUUAUGCUACACGUUAUUGUGAUCCGGCACUUGGCUUUGCUGUCGGUUAUGUUUAUUUAUUCAAAUAUUUGAUAAUUACGCCAAAUCAACUUACCGCUGCUGCUUUAGUGAUUCAAUAUUGGAUAAGUAGAGACACUGUGAAUCCUGGUGUGUGGAUUACCGUAUUCUUAAUCGUUAUUGUUGCUAUAAAUACCUUUGGUGUGAAGUAUUUUGGAGAAUUCGAGUUUUGGUUAUCAAGUUUCAAGGUCUUGGUCAUGUUGGGGUUGAUCAUUCUAAUGUUUAUCCUAAUGUUGGGUGGUGGUCCAAACCAUGAUAGAUUGGGUUUCCGCUAUUGGAAGAAUCCUGGUGCUUUCAAGCCUUAUUCAGAAGAUAUUUCUGGUUCCAUCGGUAAAUUCGUUUCAUUCGUUUCUGUCUUUGUUAAUGCAAUUUUUGCUUACUUGGGAGUUGAAUUAACCGGUAUCGUUGCUGCUGAAGCUCAAAAUCCAAGAAGAAACAUUCCAAGAGCUAUCAAAUUAACAAUGUACCGUAUUAUUGUCUUCUAUGUCAUUACUAUCCUUCUGCUAGGUAUGUGUGUUCCUUACAAUGAUCCAUUGCUGUUAGAUGCGAGAAGAAGAUCUACCUCUGCUGCUGCUUCGCCAUUUGUUGUUGCUAUCUCUACAGCUGGUAUUGAUGUCUUACCCCAUAUUUUCAACGUCUGUGUUUUAAUGUUCGUUUUCAGUGCUUGUAACUCCGAUCUAUAUGUGGCUUCAAGGAGUUUGUACAGUUUGGCCAUUGAUAACAAAGCACCAAGAUUAUUUGCAAGGACUAAUAGAUGGGGUAUCCCUUAUAACUCUUUGAUUUUAACAACAGCCUUCUGUUGUUUAGCAUACAUGAACGUUUCCUCUUCUUCCUCUCAGAUCUUUACCUAUUUUGUUAACGUUACCUCAAUCUUCGGUUUAUUGAGUUGGAUCUCGAUCUUGAUAACUUAUAUUUGUUUUGAUAGAGCAUUGAGAGCGCAGGGUAUUUCAAAGAGGAGUUUGGCUUAUUUCGCUCCUUUGCAGCCAUAUGGUGCCUACUUCGCUUUGUUUUUCUGUAUCCUACUUGGGUUGGUUAAAAAUUUUACCGUUUUCUUAGGUCAUACCUUUGAUUAUAAAACAUUCAUCACUGGUUAUAUUGGUAUUCCAGUUUUCGUUAUUUCAUAUUUUGGUUACAAAUGGAUAAAAAAGACUAAAAUAGUCAAACCUGAAGAUGUAGAUCUAUUCACCUUUAAGGAGGCAGUGGAUUUAGAAGAAGAAGAAUGGAAAAUAAGGGAUCAAGAAAACAAAGAGAAGUUAGCAACAAACGGUAAAAAUUUUGAAUGGUUUUAUGAAACUAUUCUAGGUAAAAUUUUUUAA